AUGUCUAGUUCAAAAGUUGAUAAUAUUCAUCAAGCUCCACUAGCUGACCCAGAGCUUAAAAUAUCAGCAAAAAGAAGAAGAAAAGAAAAAGAAGGUAAAGUUGUUGAUAAAGAGAGAUUACAAUGUGAAUUCAUCAUACCCAAGAAAAACAGAAGAUGCCCUUUAACUUGUAAGAAAGAUGUACAAUACUGUGCUGAACAUUUAAAACAAACUCAAAAUGAUAUCAGAGUAACAUGUACGGUUGAUCCAAGACAUACUGUCUGGCAAAAAGACUUGAAAUCACACGUGAAGAAAUGUGGUGCUAAAGCAGUGGAAUCUAAGCAGGUGUCAUGGUUUAAAGAGAAUCAUAAUUGUGUUUUACCAUCAAAAGUAGAUGAUCAAGAUACUCAAAUUGACUAUUCUAAAUGGAUACCCAAAGUUGAAAGCAUAUAUUCAAAUUUUAGGGACUUAGAGUUAAUUCAACUAGAGCAUGACGGUGUCAAGGAAAGAGUUGAAGAGUUAGGAAACCCAAAACAUGCUGUUCAACAAUCAUCAUUGAUCUCACAUCUAGAUAACAAGAAUCUAUUAUCAAAUGAAUUAACAUAUGUUGAAUUUGGAUGUGGUAGGGCUGAACUUUCAAGAUAUAUCGCCAAAUCUGUCAUUCAUAAGACUGGCUCAGCUGCAGACUUUAUACUUAUUGAUAGAUCGCCAACUAGAAUGAAAUUAGACUCUAAGAUGAUACAGGAUGCUGAAGAGCGAAAGCUAAAGACCAAAAUCCAUAGAGUUAAGAUUGAUAUCAAAGAUUUAUAUCUUGAUAACAUUGUUGAAACUGAUUUUGCAAAUGAAAAGGGAUUUGUUGGUGUCUCUAAGCAUUUAUGUGGUGCCGCUACAGAUCUAACCAUACAAUGUAUCUUAGCUAACUCAAAAUUCAAUUCAAGAUUCACAGGUAUGAUCGUUGCAAUGUGUUGUAGACACUGUUGUGACUACAAUAUGUUAUCACAAGAUUCAAUUGAGUAUCUCAAAAAAUUUGGAGUUGAAAAAGAAGGUUUCAAACAUUUUAUGAAAUUUGCAAGUUGGGCAGUUAAUGGUAGAAGACCAGGUAUGAAAGAUGAAGAUGGUACCGAUCAUGUGAGUGGUUUGAGUAUCAAGCAAAGAGAAGAUCUGGGAUUAAAAGCUAGAAGGAUAAUUGAUGAAUCAAGAAGAUAUGCUCUAGAGCAAAAGGGUUAUAAAGUUCAAUUGUGUCAUUAUGUACCAAAAGAAAUAUCAUUGGAGAAUACAUGUAUGAUCGUGAAUAAAUAA